CACUUCAGUAAGGUAGGGCCGUGGCCAAGGACGAGGGGAAAAUGCCACACAAGAUAGAAGGCUUCUUGUUACUACUUCUCUUUGGCUAUGAAGCCACGCUGGGAUUAUCGUCCACUGAGGAUGAGGGUGAGGAGCCCUGGUACCACAAGGCGUGCAAGUGUGAUUGCCAAGGAGGAACCAACGCUCUGUGGUCUGCAAGCGCCACCUCCUUAGACUGCAUACCAGAAUGCCCAUAUCACAAGCCCCUGGGUUUUGAGUCCGGGGAGGUCACGCCAGACCAGAUCACCUGCUCCAACCCAGAGCAGUACGUGGGCUGGUAUUCCUCGUGGACCGCAAACAAAGCCCGGCUCAACAGUCAAGGCUUUGGGUGUGCCUGGCUCUCCAAGUUUCAGGACAGCAGCCAGUGGUUACAGAUAGAUCUGAAGGAGAUCAAGGUGAUUUCAGGGAUACUUACUCAAGGGCGCUGUGACAUCGAUGAGUGGAUGACCAAGUACAGCGUCCAGUACAGGACUGAUGAGCGCCUGAACUGGAUUUACUAUAAGGACCAGACCGGAAACAAUCGGGUCUUCUAUGGAAACUCGGACCGAACCUCCACAGUCCAGAACCUGCUGCGACCCCCUAUCAUCUCCCGCUUCAUCCGCCUGAUCCCGCUGGGCUGGCAUGUCCGCAUCGCCAUCCGGAUGGAGCUGCUGGAGUGUGUCAGCAAGUGUGCCUGACACCUGUCUCAGCUCGUUGCCCGCCUGUGGGUGGUGGGCACAGAGUGGGCCUGUGCGGGGGACGCCUGACACACCACUGGGAGGCACGGGGCUGGAUUUUACAAAGCACUUUUAAAUGCAGAGCUGGGUAGAGAAUAUUUCACUUUUUAAAAAAGAUAUAGUUUCCGAUUUCAAUGAAAGAAAAAGCAAAAUGAACUUAUUCCCCAUUCAGGGCCAGAGAAAGAAAGAACAAAGAAAAUGUCCCUUAAAAUGAUUUUCUUACAAAAGCCUAAGUAGCAGGGGUAA